AUGGAGUAUUCUUCUAGUAAUUCCAGUGAUGGAAGUAUCUCUGAGGGGAGUGAUGAUAGUGAACUGUUGCAAAGAAAAAUUACAUCUUUACCAACAACUACGAAAAGCCAAGUGUUUGGAAACAAAGCAGUUUGUUCCUCUACUGGGAGAAAAGCCACGUCACAACCUACGAACUAUCAAGAAAAACAGAGGAAUACAAAUACUCAAGACAUACUUAACCACCAGAUUCAACGUAGACAGGGUUACUCACCAACAUCUGUCUCUAGAACUGAAAAUAAACAUUAUGCAGAAAAUGAUGAACACCCCAAACCUACUGCAAUUUAUCGACAAAACUCAACAAAUAUUUUACUGCAAGGUGCUGAGUUACUGAGAUUAGACCAUCAGUUGGGAAUAUCAUUAAAAGGAGAUGAUCAAGUUCCAUCUUUAGCUCUGCCAGUCGCAGAUCUCAACUAUAAAGAGCUUUCUGUGAAGACUACUGUUGUAGAACACACAGCAGAGUUUGUGGAUAGUCAGAAAGUUAUUUAUGACCUUGAGGAACAAAACUCUAAGUUGGUUGAGGAGAAAACAAAGCUUUCUGUGCAGCUUGGCGUCCAGACUAAGGUGUGAACAAAAAAUAAUAACUAAUUUGUUACCAGUAGUUAAAAAAUAUGUUUUCUGAAAACCAAGAUCAUGAUCAGCCACUCUUUUUUCUUCCCCUCUCUGAUAACAUAAGGGACUUUUUAUUUUUUAUCUUUUUUUUGUUGUUGUACUAUUUCCUCGUCAAAUUUUACAGUGUGACCGGGAAAACCGUGAACACUUAAAAUAUUUCAGAAAUGUUAUUUAUUGUGUUACGACCAAUCACAGCAAAUAUCAGGGCACGCCAACUAGCUACAAAACCACAAAAACUAAUUAAUAUUCUUGCUUGUAGUUUAGUUUCUCAGGCCCAACUGGCCUUUAUCUUGCAACACAAUAACAUUCCAGAAAUAUUUCUGGUGUUCACAGUUUUCCCAAAUUGAUUGUAAAAAUCAGUUGAUGAGUAUAACAAAAAAGUUUUUAGCAAGCAAAGAUUAGUCAGAAGUGAUAAGAAAAAGCAUAAUUGUAGUAAGUAGCAGACUUUUAAUUUUGUUGCAAAGCAAGGUGUAGUAUUAUUAUUUGUAUCACUGUGAUGCCCCAUCAGGGUAAAUGAGGACAGGUGACAGGGCUUGAAACAGCGGCACAAGACACAAGACAGAUGAAUAACAAAGUUGGAUUCAAACUUAACAUAAUAACAUAGAACACAGCUGAUAAUACAAUAGAAAUUUUCCUGCUUUUCAAAAUAAUGGUUUCAACAAUGCAAAGUCUUUAAUAUCGUGCUACUUUUUUAUUCUUAAGUAAACAAAACUUCAUUUUCAUAUGGAAUGUUUUAAAUUUACACUUGACAAAUUCAUUUUGACACGUAAUAUCAAAAUCUCACUUAGUCUAGAUUCACAUGGCACUAGGAAAAUUUUUAACCAGUUGAAAAUUUGUACAUUUAGGUGUUCUGUUUACAUAGAACCACCUUAACCAUACCAAAAUCUAGAUGUCUAGCCAUUCAAAGCUCCAUGUGAACAGAGCAAAAAUAACUGUCCCGUGUGAACUUAAAUAAUAUUGUCCCAGGGCUGUCUUUAAGAGAUGGGGGGUGGGGAUUUCCCCCGCUACUAUGGGCAUGGCGCCCGUCUACUUUCAAAGGAAAAUAGAAGAAAAAUAGAACCAGAAAAAAACCUGUAGCUGUUUGAUUUCCCACCUACUUGUUGUAUUUACCCAGCAACUUGAAAUCUUAGUGACAACCCUGUUAUCCAGUCAAAUUUUUCAGCUGGUUGAAAAUUCGUCUUGUGCCGUGUGAAUGUAGCGUUAGUUUCUCAAGCAAAUACAAGCAAAUUGGAAAGAGAACAAAAAGUUUAGUAGAAGUUAAUCAGAAGCUGACCCCUUUAAAGCUUUUUUCAUGCAUCCUUUCAUUUAUGCCUUUCAUCAAGGGAUGAAAAAAAUCAAAAUGAAAUUGUGAUGACAUCACAAGAGAAUGGUUUGUCCUCUUCCACUGGGUCAUAUGAGAGGGAAGUCUUAAGUAAAGUGUUAACAGGUCAUAAAUCUUUGUUUUUCUCUCUUCUGAACAGGUAAAUGCAGAGAUAAAGAGGUUACUAGUAGCAUCAGUUGGAGAAGAUAUUGGGCAAAGGUAUUUCAAAAUUCUAUAACUGAUUCUGUUAGGUUGGGGAAAACAUAAAGAAAUAUUCACAAAUUUGUUGGAAACAUCUAUUGUAGGUUUCAUUUGUUUGUGUUACGUUUUUUCAAAAAGAGUUUAUUUUUCAUUUUUGUCUCAGAACUGAGUACAUGGAUUUUCUGCCUCAGCCAUUGCAAACUGUAAUACUAAUUUUACAAAAUUUUGUUGUUCUUACAAAAUCAGGUUGGAAGACUUGGUCAGUAGAAAUGUCCAGCAAACUGUUGAACUUAAACACUGGAAAAAAGUGUGUGAAGAAUACUCUGAGGAGUCAGACAGGCUUGAGAUUGAAUGUGAUGUAUGGAGAACAAAAUUUCUUGCAAGCAGGUAAGAGUGGUGUUUUACCGUCUCAUUGCUUACAUGCAAGCUUCGCAUCUUGCUCAUCAGGAACAGUAAAAAGUUGUCAACCAAAAAAUACUGGUACUUGAAGCGAUCAACUCAGUCUUUCUUUUAUCGUCAGUGAAAAUCACACAUUUACCUAGUAUGUAAUCUUUAAAAAAAAUUCUUCCAUAACAGGGAGGGUUCCAGGAAUUUUUUUAGGAGGGGUGCACUCGUCUCUUGCUCGACUUCAACACCAAUAAACCACAUAGUUUUUUUUUUGCAGAAUACCAGUUGUAUUAGAAAACCGCAGGUCAUCUCAGGGAGGGGGUGUGCACCCCCUACACCCUCCCCCUAGAUCCACCCCUGUAUAAUAAUGUAUCCCUGCAGCAUUUGCACCUUAGUUGUGGGUCCCCCAUACAGGUAGAAAUUUUUUAUCUCAGCUCAAUGCUUUUGGCCCAAUUUCUCAUGCUUGGCAGAAAAAUGUGAGCUAUCGCAGUCUUAAAUGAUACCUUCUAAAAAGAUGUCAUAAUUAUAACAUCAGGGCUGUAACUUUAGAUUUCAAGUUGUCAGGUGUAUCCUGAUUUAAAGCAGGGAAUUGAACAGCUAGAAGGUUAAAUUGGAUCUGUUUCCCAUUUGUUUUCCUCUGAAGGUAGCCAGGGGUCAUUUUGUUAGUAGCCCAGGAAAAUCCCUCGCCCCCGGCCAAGAGUCACAGCCCUUUAACAUGAAAUAAACGUGAACCAAUUUUCAAGAAGAGAAAAGUCAAAGUGAAUGAUUGUACUUUCCCAAAAACCCCCGAAUGUUAGUAGGAAAGUCACUGUUGCUCAUUUGGAGAAUUUCAGAACUCUUUUGAACAUCUUCAGAAAUCAUCGGAUGCCUAAGAAUAUAUUGAGAUCAUCUACGAAAAAUUGUGGCACUUGCAGCUUCUCAUGAGGAUGAAAAUGUAGACAAGUUGACUCCCCUUCAGUGCCUAAAUGUUAAAUUAAAACAUAGUGUUUUUUUCCUUAAGAAUGAUGUCUGAUGAACUAUCAAGUUGGAAGGUAGCACUUUAUGCAAGGUACCGACAAGCACAGAGUGCUUUGCAGAGAUUACUAGAUGAGAGAGCUCAGCUGCAGCAGUACUUGAUUGAUACCAAGAGGCAAGUAACAAGCUUGGCUUCUAUUGACAUAAAUCGUAUAGGACCCACAUAUCUGCUUCAGCAUCUUCUUUAUGUUCACUGACAUCAUCAUCAUCGUCGUCAUCAUCACCAUCAUAAUUAUCAGCAUGAUAGUAAUAACAAUGAUAAUAAACAGAUUUAUAAUAAUUAUUAUAAUAGUAAUCAAUUAUGAUUAUUAUAACUUUGCUAGUAAUUUGACUUUAAAAAGAUAAGCACAAGGAUCUGAAAAAAAAAAAAGAGAAAAUUUUUUUUUUUUAUUCUUGUCUUUGCUUUUACAUUGUGCACGUGCAUCAGAAGCAUUCAUUUUCUUUCGAAACAAGACUCUUACACUUGCACUUAUACUUACAUUGCCAGUGUAAACCAGACUUAAUUGGAUGGAUAUUCAGUCAAAACUUGGACAUUUGGCCCUGAAAAGAAUUAUUUGUCCUGGCCUAUGUUUUUAUUCUAUUCCAUUUAAAUUUUUGUUUUUUUUAAAAAAAGAAAUGCAUCCAGCUGCUCUUAUGUGGUCAGUUCUUGUUCAAACAUUUAGUUAGCUUGCUGCUUUCAUUAUUAAUAAUAAGAAGAAUAAGAGUAAAUACUUAACUAUCCACUUCCCUUAUGGGGCUUUUGAGGGAUAAUGAAACAAUAAUUCAAAUAGAACAUAAUAUGUUUAAGAAUCCCAACUGGUAGGAGGCGAACCAGUGGGCUAUUUACAAGCGUGGCCAAAGAUUUGAACUUGGGACUACCAAGAACAAAUCCAGCUGGUGCUUAGGGCAGGACUAUUGAACUCAUGGCUUCAGGACUACAAGUCCUAACUGCUAAGCCAUGCUGUGGUAGGUUCCCUGCUAGGAGAGGCUUCUUGUUCGGCGAAUACUUCUGCUUGCGGGGAGUAUAGUAGGGCUGGGCUUUACAUAAAAAAAUGAGCUACUCCUUAUUGUCAUCUGUGGAUAUGUCCUGUAAGCUUAAAUUGAUUAGUCUCCCUCACAGCCAUUUUUGUCUCAUCACUCAAUGCUCCUUUUUGGGGAACGUCAUUGCGUAAGGUAAAGGUGCACACAAGCCAAAGGCCCAAAUGGCCGGAACUUAUCCUGGUUUCAUUAGCAUGAAGCACCUAGGAGUAUUGCUACUCCCCCCUUGACGGGAUGUUAGUCCAUUGCAGGGUUACUCCCAAGCAGUGUGUUGCCGGUACCCAUUAAUACUCCUGGGUGAAGAGAGACAAAGUAAAGUUCCUUGUCUAAGGAAACAACCCAACUGGCGAGGCUUGAACCACGGACCUCCAGAUCCAGUGGUCGAGUGUUAACCACACGGCCGGCCACACACGCCUCCUAACAUCAUUGCGUGACGAGACAAAAACAGCUGUAGCCUGGGAGACUGAGAUGAUAUGAGAUAUUGUCCUCUUUCCUUGUCAGUGAAAUUACAUACAGAUACAUGGUUAGAAAAAUUUAUCAGUGGGUUCUAGUUUUUAAAAGGAGCACUUCUUUUAGUCUGCUACACAGUUGUUCUUUGUGUCAUCACACAACGCUCCCUCUCUCCUCCGCAGAGGCUCCCGCCUGGUAUCCCCAUCAAAAUAGCGAUAAUCGGAGGAGAGAGCAACGCUCCUGUUUGUGAGGAGGAGCGUUGUGUGAUGACACAAAGACAGCUGUGGAGCAGACUAUACCUCGUUGGGAGAAUUUUUAAUUUUUAUAAUGUAUAACCCAUAACAAUAAUUCACUGAUUUUUUAGUUUUUUCACAUUGCAGGUGUAUUCAGUCCUUACAUUCAAUGCUAAAAAGCACAGGUGGUAUUCUUCAAGGAUCCUUUCCUUCAUUGUCCUCCGCAAAUGAACAGAACAUUGUAGAAAUUGCUUCGUUAAACAACUCCUUGGCUGAAGAAACUUUAGAUCUUGCUCAGAAUGUUUUGCCAGCGUUGUCACUCUCAGAGACAUCACUUGUGUUAACUCAUGAGUCAGUGGAGAACACAGAAAAACUCAAGAUGGGACCAACUUCUGCUGAAAAACUAGCUUUACAGGUUAAUUUUACGUGGCUGCUUGUGAUUAUAAGUGCACUGCAUACUCAGGAGAAAGACUGAAAAAAAGUUGUAAAAUUCAAAUAAAAGCUUUUUGUUAGUAAUUCAGGAGACAUAAAGUCUGGAGACUGUCUCUUUUGCAGUACACCCCCUACCCCCCCUCCCCCAAGCAUCUCUCUCCACCCGUGUGACUCAGGACAUCGAACGAAGUCUUCUAAAUUUGUAAAUUUUCUAAAAAGUACUGAUGAAAAAGGCCGUGGAAACUGUCCUAUGAUCGAAAACAUUUUUGAAUUUUUGAAAAAUGGCGCAAAAUUCCAAAUUUAAACAGUAAAGUUAAAAAUGCUAUUUUAUCCGGGAGAUUUGGUGACCUGUACGGGGGACAGAGUGAACUAUGCAGUACACGAAAAAUUUGGGAGACUUGGCAGUGAUUUCUUUUGUCUCCUCUGUAAUAAUAUUUCCCUACUAGCAGAGGUCUCUCAAUGCAUGAAACUGCAUGUACAGUACUAGCGUUUCCUUUACAACCAGUAAAGUUUUAAUCACGCGCGACACAACUUACAGAACCAGUUUGCAUAAUAACAACUGUGCGUUCCAAAAAAAAUCCAGCAUGGAGUCUCAACAGGACACGCGCAUUCUACAAUAAAUGAAACCAGUUCUGAAAACCAGUCAGUUUCGGCCACAAAUGUGGUCGGCGGCUACACGGAAGAACGCGUCGGGGGCCGACAGAGGGCUUCCUCAAUCCUCUCCUUAUUCUUCCCUUGUUGUGAGAGACCUGCUAGCAGGGAAUUAUAAUAAGUGUAAUGAACUGUAGUUUCUCUCCAUUCCAAUAUCAUUCUUCCUUUCUCGUACCUUUUACCCCCAGAGUCAUUACUUCGAAGAAAUAAAUGUAUUGUAGUUCUAACUUAUCAGUGGAUGAAAUUCUGUUUUGUGAUCAAUCACCAUUCAAUUGAAACCUCUUCAGCAGUACUUUCCACAAAAAGACAUUUGUCUUUAGCACUUCACCCCAUGAAAUUUGGCGUAUCUCAUAGAAUUCCUUGAAUUUUGAAUGUUCAUAACCAACUCUUAAAAUUUCAUGUAAAGGUUUAGUCUGGUACCACACACGUAGAAGAUCGCGCACCCCUGUUAAAGGCUUCCGGUCCAGCAAGACACGCUGUUCAAGACCCUGAAUAGUGCAGUUGUAUACCCUGUUUAUGACCCCGAAAUCUAAAGCUAAAUCUAAAUAAUUACUGUAUACUAUUAUAAAUCUGUCAUAUUGGAUGUAAGAUAAUCUUGCUCUUUUCAGCAGAACAUUCCUGUUGAGAUGUCCCCUCCGCCCAACGGGCCUAGAACAGAUUUGACUGCAAAAAAGAGCCAUAUUUUCUGUUUAUUAGGUCUUAUCCGAUGACGUGGAUCUUCAAGCCGAACAACAGCAACUCAGAGGUGUUAUGAAAAGAAUGUCGCAGCAGUACAUUGGUCAUGAUUAUCAAAGCCGGUUUGCUACCAAGAACUUCAGAGUGACUUAUGACUGCUGUGAGAGGUGUACGGGAGCUCUUCAAGUGGUGUAG